AUGCAGUCGGGGCUGCAUGCAAGGGAGCUGUUUUUGGGGCUUUCUCCGCAGCAAGCAGCAGCAGCAGCAAGUCCCAUGCCCAUAGACGUGUGUCACCGCAACAACCAGUUCGCCUUCAUCACCAAACUCGGGGCCUCCUUCUUCGACAGCGAGACGCUGCAGCCCCUCUUCUCGCUGCAGCACCUCGACACUCUCCCGCUGCUGCUGCUGCAGCACCGGCAGCAGCAGCAGCGCAGCGCCUGGGCAGCAGGCAGCAGAGUCGAGGGGCCCCCCAUUCAGGCUGAGGACUGCUUCGACUUCUGCUGGGCGGGAGCGGCCUGCAGCGGCAGGCCCCUCCACAGGCCCGCGCAGCAAAACCAGCAGCAGCAGCAGCAGCAGCAGCAGCAGCGGCAGCAGCAGCAGCAGCAGCAGCAAGCCAGCAUCCCUGGGGCCCUGCAGAGCGGCUCCUGCGGCUGCUUCUGCCACAUGAACGGCGCAGAGAGAAACGCGGAGUCCUGCAAGGCCCGCGGCUGCUGGGACGGGUGGAGCAGCAGCAGCUGCAGCAACGCCAGCAGCAGCAGCGGCCACUGCUGCAGCAGCAGCUGCAGCAGCAACACUGUGGGGCUGUUUGCUUCACGCCGCUGCAGCGACACCGAAAUGCGCUGCAGCAUUCAGUGCUGCAGGCUGCGCUGCCGGCACAUAGUGACUUGGCACGCGGGCAAGAGUCGUCUGCUGCUGGUGUGGGCUGCUGCUGCUGUGGCGCCUGCUGCUGCUGUCACGCCUGCUGCUGCUGCUGCUGCUGCAGCGGGGGGCGGCGCCCACGCCUGCAGCCGCCUGCUGUACACUCUCCGCGGCCACGAACGGCCCCUGCUGCGGGUCCGGCAGCAAACAGAUUGGAGAGAUAUGCAUGAGUACUUUAUAGCUUCUUUGGAUGCUGGUGGCACAGUAAGGGUGUGGCACUCUGCUGCUUUCCCCCCCAAGGAAACAGCAGCAGCAGCAGCUGCUGCUGCUGCAGCAAGGGCCGCGGAAAACGACCCGGAGGUCGCCGCGGCGUGGCAGCAGCGGCUGCAGGAGCUGGAGAUGCAGCAGCAGCAGCAGCAGCUGCGCAGGCUGCAGCAGCAGCAGCAGCAGCAGCACCAGGGCGGGUCCUGGGGCGAAUUGCAACUCAGCAGCAGGGCCUCCUCCGUGGCAGAAGAAGCAGAAGAUGCAGCAGCAGAUGCUGCUGCAGUCGGGUGUAUAGCCAUCAUACCUUCCAUGGACUCUUACUGGAUAUACCGCAUUUCUCUUUCUUCUCACGGGCUGCUGACACUCUGCCGCCCCACGCAGCAGCUGCCGCAGCAGCAGCAGCAGCAGCAGCUGCUGCUGCUGUGGGCGCUGCACGCGCCCUCCAUCUCCUCCAUGCGCGCGAAGCGCCACAGGACGCCGCAGCAGCAGCAGCAGCAGCAGCAGCAGCAGCAGCAGCGCGAACAAUGCUCCAAUGACCCCCACGCCCUUUGGCAGCAAAUGCUGUCUUCCUGGCAGCGCAGCAGCAAAUACUCAGAGCCCUGCAGCUUCAUGCGCAAAGUGGCUUUUGUCCUGCGCGAGAGACGCGCUGAGGCUGCUGCUGCUGCUGCUGCUGCUGCUGCUGCUGCGGUUCGUGCUGCAGGCCCAGCUGCUGCUGCUGCUGCUGAAGAUACUUUUGAUGCUGCAGCACUUUCGCCGCCGCGCAGCAAAAGGGCCUCGAGACCCACCAGCUCUGCCUCUCCAGCGCCUGCUGCCGGCGAUUCUGCUGCUGCUGUCGCUGCGGCAGCAGCUGCUGCUGCUCCACAAGCGGCAGCAGCUGCUGCUACUUCUGGUGCGCUGCAAGCGGCCAACGCAAGUGCUGCUUUCCCGAUGUCUGGCAUGUUUGCUGCUGCAGCAGCAGUAGCAACAGCUGCUGCUGCUGCUGCUGCCGCUUUUUUUGAGCCAGCAGGGCCAGCGGCGGGAACAGUCGCUGCUGUCCCACCAACUGCUGCAGCAGCUGCUGCUGCAUCUGGCCCAGCUGCAAGAACAAACCCCGCGGUAGCUUCAAGCGGCGCAGCAGCAGCAGCAACAGCAGCAGCAGCAGCAGCAGCUGACUCCAGUAGAGAGAGCAGCACCAGCUCUGUCAGUGCAGCAGACGACGCGUUCCUGCUGCUCGGCGAGCACCAGGAGACCAAACCCAGCAGCAGCAGCAGCAGCAGCAGCAGCAGCGGCAGCAGCAGCGGCCACGCAGCAGGCCUGUCAACUGUGCAGUCGCUCACUACGGAAGCUGAAUCCAGCAGACGCAGCUCUGUCGAGACAGAAGAAGGGGCUGGCGGCGGAAGCAGCAGCGGGAACAGAAGCAGCAGCAGCAACAAUGAAGACAGCAGCAGCAGCAGCAGCAGCUGUUGCCUCGAUGGUACGAAUUCGCUACUACGUGGCAUUUCGGGUGUCAGUGAGCCUACCAGCGCCUCUGGUGGCAGCAGCAGCAGCAGCAGCAGCAGCAGUGGCAGAAGCAGCACCGACCGGGGAAGCCCCUUGGAGAGAGCCGAGAGCAGCAGUUCUGCUCUCCCCAGCUGCAACAGCAGCAGCAGCAGCAGCAGCAGCAGCGACAGCAGCAGCAGCAGCAGCAGCAGCAGCAAGUGGGGCGUGCGCACGCUGGAAGUGUCUGGGGCCUACACACUUCCCAACAGCGCCUUCUUCGCAGAGUUCAGCGCCAGGGGCCUCAUUUCUGUCUUAUGUGGAGAAGACGAGGGGGGCCCCAGUGGGGCCCCCGAGGGCCCCUGGGGCCCCGGGGGCUUUCCCCCAAGAGUUCCCCGCUACAACCCUUUUAAGCGGAGUCUUUCGGACUGGUUGGUGUUUGACUUGGACAGGCUGAAGCGGGAAGAAGCAGCAGCAGCAGCAGCAGCUGCUGCUGCUGCUGCUGCUGCUGCUGCUGCGGACGCGGGCUCGAGCCGGCCGCUGCAGGAUGAGAUCGAUGAAGCUGCAACUGCUGCUGCUGCUGUUGAACUCUACAAUGAGGCAGCAAUGGCCCGCAGAAAGGCCCGCGGCUGCUGCUGGCCGGACUGCAGCAGCCGCGCAGCAGCAAUAGAUGAAGCCGACUUGCCAAUUCAGGCCUUUUACGAGCCAGCAGCAGCAGAGUGGCGGCUGCAGCAGCAGCAACGAGCAGCAGAAGAAGCAAGGAAGAGAGAAGCUGUCAAGGCGUACAGGAAAGUCGUGCUGCGCUGGAUAGAAAAACAAAGGAGGAGGAGGUACGCUGCAGCAGAAGCAGCAGCAAUAGCAGCAGCAGCAGCAGCAGCGGCUUCUGAAAGGCAAAAGAAACAGCAACUAGCAGCCAGCCAGCCUUCAAGCGCCGAAGCUGGUGCGCCUCGAGGCGACGCCAGCAGCAGCAGCAGCAGCAGCAGCAGCAGCAGCAGCAGCAGCAGCAGCUUUGGCAGUGGCAGCAGCAGCAGCAGUGAGGACAGCGGACGAACCGCCUGUCCUAGGACUGGCGAUGCGGGCAGAGCCAGCAGCAGUGCUACCACUCCCACCGCCAGCAGCAGCAGCAGCAGCAGCAGCAGCAAUAACAGCAGCAGCAGCAGCAGCAGCAGCGCGGGUCCUUAUCCGUGGUGGCCUUCGUCCGUGGUUACUCAGGAGCUGAAGCCGCUGUCCAGUGUGGUUUGGCUGCGGGAAAAGGCAAAUGCCUGGGCCCUCAUAGACUGGAAAGUGGCGCAGAUAGACUCUAAAGGAACUUUAGUGAUUCUUGACUUUGCACACCCCGACGCCUCCCCGCUGUGCCCCCUGGCGUUUCUUUGA